UCUACCUGGGUGUCCUGCGUGUGUCUUUGUAUCUGGCGUUUCUUCCAGGGAAGCCAGCAGGUACCUGAGGCUUCCCCGGCUGCCUCGGAAAUGGGUGCAGAGAUGGGGAGGGGCUUUCAAAAGCUCACAAUCCAGCUCCAUCCAGUCGGUAGCUGUGGGCUGGCUGGGCACACGCCCUUGAACUUGAGUUUCACUUUCCCCUCCCUCGGGCAGGGGCAGAGCAGAGACCUUUGAACGUGACUUUCCAUUUCCUGGACUCUGGAGACAGAAGUGGGAAACCGCUGCCGUGGGGAGGGGACAGAGCAGUUGCCUGGAGCUUGAGGGACAGUCCCCAAGCCCUGCCACUCGCCAGAGCCCCAGCCGAGACAGGAGCAUGGGGAACUGGGAGUCCCACGUGUCCUCAGUCCCGGCUCCAGAGCUGGGCCGGUUUAUCCAGCAGCAGCUGAGGCCCUACGAGGGCUGUGAGAAGCAGCUCCAGAUGACGGUGGACACCAUUCGCCUCUUCCUGCCGGGAGACAGCUUCCCCCAGGUGCAGGGGGUGGCCAUGGGUGGCUCCUAUGGCAGGAAGACAGUCUUGAGAGGCGACUCCGACGGCACCCUCAUCGUCUUCCUCGAUCACUUAGAACACUUCCGGGAUCAGGUGAAAAUCCAAGACAAAAUCCUCAACGCAAUCACGCACCAGCUGGAGGAGUGUCGGCGCGUGCGGACGCUGCCAGUCCAGUGGGAGACGCUCAGGACCCCCAAAGGGCUCUCUAUCGUGCUGUCCACGAGGUGGCAGAAGAUCACCUUUGAGGUGCUGCCCGCCUUCAACGCCCUGGGUUUAUGUGAAAAUCCCAGCCCCUGGCUCUAUCGAGAACUCAUCAGAUUCAUGGACGAGACAAAGGCCUCUCCGGGAGACUUUGCUGUCUGCUUCACCCAACUCCAGCAGAAGUUUUUUAAUAAGUAUCCCAAAAAAGUGAAGGACUUGAUCAUCUUGAUAAAGUACUGGUAUCAACAGUGCCAGAAGAAGAGCGGGUCAAAUGUGCCACUGGCCACGUAUGCUCUGGAGCUGCUGGCUGUGUACGCCUGGGAGCAGGGCUGUGGGGCUGAGGACUUUGACAUUGCAGAAGGUGUCAGGGCCAUCCUGGGGCUGAUCCUGAAGUCCCAGCAGCUGUGUGUCUACUGGACAGUCAACUACAGCCUGGAGGAUGAGACUGUCAGGAACAGGCUCCUAGGCCAGCUCCGGACCCAGAGGCCAGUCAUCCUGGAUCCGGUGGAUCUAACCCACAGCGUGAGUGGCCACAUCCCCUGGCUGGAACUACAGGCAGAUGCACAAGGCUGGCUGUCUUCGCUCAGCUCCACCCCAGCAUGGAGUGUCCUGCCAGCUCCGCUCUUCAUGACCCCGGCCCAUCGGCUGGACUGGUUCAUCAAGGACUUUCUCCAGCCCAACGAAAAUUUCCUCAAGCAGACCUUGAAAGCUGUGGACAUCAUCUGUAAGUUCCUUAGAGAAAACUGCUUUCGACAUUCAACUACCAAAGUGCAAAGCAUCAUCAAGGGAGGGUCAGCCGCCAAAGGCACCGCUCUGAAGACUGGCUCCGAUGCCGACAUCAUUGUUUUCCUGAACUCGCUGGAGAGCUUCCCCUCCCAAAAAACCUAUCGGAGCAAAAUCAUCCAGGAAAUCCGCCAGCAGAUGGAAGCCUGCCAGCAGCAGCAGGCAUUUGAAGUGAAGUUUGAGGUUUCCAAAUGGACGGCUCGCAGGGUGCUGAGCUUCUCGCUGAAAUCCAGAGAGCUCAAUGAAAGCGUGGACUUCGACGUGCUGCCUGCCUACAACGUGCUGGGUCAAAGGAAGUCCACCCUCCGGGCCUAUGCGGAGCUCAUCCAUCUGUAUCAGUCCUCAGACACCGUGGGGGGAGAGUUUUCUACCUGUUUUACAGAGCUCCAGCGCGACUUCAUUCUCUCCCGGCCCACCAAACUGAAGGACUUGAUUCGCCUGGUGAAACACUGGUACAAACAGUGUGAAAAGAAAAUGAAGUCAAAGGGCUCCCUGCCCCCAAAAUACGCUCUGGAACUGCUCACCGUCUAUGCCUGGGAGCGGGGCAGCGGGGCGGAUGACUUUAGCACCGCCAAAGGGUUCCGGACUGUCCUGGAGCUGAUCACAAAAUAUCAGCAGCUCUGCAUCUACUGGACGGUCAAUUACAACUUCGACGAUGAGACGAUACGGUCCUUCGUGCUGACCCAGAUCCAGAGGCCCAGGCCUGUGAUCUUGGACCCAGCUGAACCCACUGGCGACGUGGGUGGUGGAGACCGCUGGUGUUGGCAUCUUCUGGCCAAGGAAGCAAAGGAAUGGUUUUCUUCCCUCUGCUUCCGAGAUGGCCAGGGGAACUCCAUCCAGCCAUGGAAAGUGCCAACAGUGCAGACCCCAGGAUGGCAGUGCUAGAAGAAACAUCCAGAGCUCGGCUGCCAGUUGGUCCCAAAGAAUCAGGAUUUUUCCAAAUGACCCCUCCUCUUUCCUUUCAGUCUCACCCGGGAAUCCCCUGUGUCCCCCAGGGGAGCCCUUGCUUGGGUCGUGGUGCCCACCACUCUGAGCUUGCUUUCAGAACCUUCCAUCUCCUCUGCUGCCUUGGCUGCCUCUUUCCUUCCCUUCUGUCUGCAAACCCUUCUCCCCCUGCCGACAAGGAGGUCCCCAGCCAGCAGCCAGCUGCUCCUCUCUUCAACUGCAGGCCUGCAAGGGCUUGCAAAACAAUGGUUCCCUCACCUAAAAUGCCCUGUUGCCUGCCUCCCACCCAGCAGGAUCUUCCUGCCAAACCCAAAGGCUUCUUCCAAGGCCUCUAGCUUCAAGAUACUCGACGGUCUAAGCACCUUAGCUCAUAAGCCCCUGGUUAUGGUUUUAUUUCCACUGCUUCUGUAAGAAUAAAGAAUAUACCUGGCCUUUCUGCCCAGUUCCUGGCACAGAGCCUUAAAACCUGUGGCAUUUUCUACCCAAAGAAUUUUUUUAUCUUCAUAAUGAGCCCCUUUUGACCAUCCCUGUGAUGAAACUAGCAAGGUGACAAUGUGGGCUCUGCAGUGUUUCAAGGGAGGGACUUUCAGUCCUGCCCCCAAGUCUGCAGGGAGGAGACGGGGACUACAGCUUGAGUUCCAUCACAGCCAGUGAUGUAAUCAAUUGUGCUGGAAUGAUGAGGCCCCAAUUACCAAAGAAAGAAAGAAAAUGAGAGAGAAGGAAGUGAGAGAAAGACAGGACGCUGAGCUUGGGGGCACCCUGGUUGGCAAACUCCCCAGCAUCUCAUCAGGAAGGACAACCAUCCUGUCUCCAUGGAGACAAGCUUCCGCACUCAGGACUCUGUAUCUCCUCCCCUGCGUGCUGUUCACUUAUAUCCUUUCUAAUAAAACGGUGAUUGUUAGUACA